GUUCCGCGCGGGCGGAGCGGGAAGCGACACCCGCCGCGGCGGCCCGGCAGCAUGGGCUCGAGCUGACAGCGCCCGCCUCGCAGACGCUGAGCGCUGCUGGUGGAGAGAGGAAAAGUUGCUGCAUCCGCUCAGGGAAACUUUCUGCCUCUCAGCCUAACCUAGCCGAGGCAGGGAGCGGGGCAGCGGAGCAAAGCCGUCCGGUCCGGUGCAGUGCGGUCCGGUCCCUGCGCGGCGGCGGCGGGACGUGCUGCGCUGAGCUCAGCUGAAGCGGCGCGGGGGCCAUGCCCGCCGCCAGCCUGCUGCCGCUCUUCGGUAACGCCGCGGGGCCGGGGACGCUGGGCGGCCCCGCGGGCGGCAGCGCGGGCGGCGGCGGCAGGAAGGCGGCGGGCCCCGGCGCGUUCCGGUUGACGGAGAAGUUCGUGUUGCUGCUGGUGUUCAGCGCCUUCAUCACCCUCUGCUUUGGGGCCAUCUUUUUCCUGCCCGACUCCUCCAAGCUUCUCAGCGGCGUCUUCUUCCACUCGGCUGCCCUGCAGCCGCCGCCACCGCCGCCCGGCGGGCAGCCUCGCGCCCCUCCGCAGCCUGGGGGUGGCCCGGUGGCAGGGUUGGCGGCAGCGGCGGCGGCGGCAGCGGGCGGGGCGGGCAGCCUGGAGCGGAUCCGUGCGGACCACGAACGGGCUCUGCGGGAGGCCAAGGAGACUCUACAGAAACAGCCUGAAGAAAUCCGUAGGGACAUCCGGCAGGACAAGGAGAAACUUCUGCAGGACGCCCGCGGCAGGAAGGAGGCUGGGGCCCCUGGCUUGCCCCAGCGCCUCUUCCGCCAGCCCGUCGGAGCUGUGGGGCAGGAGCCCGCCGACCCCGCCGUCCGGCAGAAGAGGGCCAAAAUCAAAGAGAUGAUGAAACAUGCCUGGGAUAAUUAUAAACGUUAUGCAUGGGGAUUAAAUGAACUGAAACCCAUAUCUAAGCAAGGACAUUCAAGCAAUUUGUUUGGUAACAUUCAAGGAGCAACAAUAGUGGAUGCCCUUGAUACGCUAUACAUCAUGGAAAUGAAAGAGGAAUUCAAGGAAGCCAAGGAGUGGGUUGAAAAAAACUUAGAUUUCAAUGUGAAUGCUGAAAUUUCAGUAUUUGAAGUGAAUAUUCGUUUUGUCGGUGGACUGCUUUCAGCUUACUACCUUUCAGGAGAAGAGAUUUUCCGAAAGAAGGCAGUAGAACUUGGAGAGAAAUUGCUACCUGCUUUCAACACCCCGACUGGGAUACCGUGGGCGUUGCUUAACAUUAAGAGCGGAAUUGGUCGAAAUUGGCCCUGGGCCUCUGGUGGCAGCAGCAUUUUGGCAGAAUUUGGGACUUUGCAUCUGGAGUUCGUUCAUUUGAGUCACCUCUCUGGAAACCCUGUCUUUGCUGAAAAGGUGAUGAACAUUCGCAAAGUCCUAAAUCGACUGGAUAAACCAGAAGGCCUUUACCCCAACUACCUGAACCCCAGCAGUGGCCAGUGGGGCCAGCAUCACGUCUCCAUUGGAGGGCUUGGGGAUAGCUUUUAUGAAUAUUUGCUCAAGGCAUGGCUGAUGUCUGACAAGACAGAUGAAGAAGGCAAGAAUAUGUAUUAUGAUGCUGUUCAGGCCAUAGAGACCCACCUCAUUCGGAAAUCAAGCGGGGGGCUGACAUACAUCGCUGAGUGGAAGGGUGGACUGCUGGAACACAAGAUGGGACAUCUCACUUGUUUUGCUGGAGGCAUGUUUGCUCUGGGAGCAGAUGGAGCCCCUUCUGACAAGACAGGCCACCACAUUGAGCUGGGCGCAGAGAUUGCGAGGACUUGCCACGAAUCCUAUGAUCGGACAAGCAUGAAACUGGGACCAGAAGCCUUCAGGUUUGACGGUGGUGUUGAGGCCAUUGCCACAAGACAGAAUGAAAAAUAUUACAUCUUACGACCAGAAGUGAUAGAGACCUACAUGUAUAUGUGGAGGCUGACUCAUGACCCAAAGUACAGGCAGUGGGGAUGGGAAGCUGUGGAGGCACUGGAAAAACACUGCAGAGUAGAUGGGGGUUACUCUGGCCUUAGAGAUGUUUAUAACAGUCAUGAAAGCCACGAUGACGUGCAGCAAAGUUUCUUCCUUUCAGAAACACUCAAGUACUUGUAUUUGCUGUUUUCUGAAGAUGAUCUUCUUCCAUUCGAACACUGGGUCUUCAACACAGAGGCUCAUCCUCUCCCUGUUCUUCACAAUGAUGAUGAGAAUAAAGAAGAAAAUCAGAAAUAGAAGAUCAAAUCCUGCUUUGUUCCAUUCCCUGUGUUCCUUUCCAGGACUUGAGCACAUCUUGAUUCGAUUUUCAAUUCCUGAGUUUAAUUUUUAAAUCCAGUGUUUUGCAGUCUGUUUUCUUUACCAGUAGGUAUUUAUGAAUGAACCCAAACUGACUUGGAUAAAACUUCAUUCUUCUUAUCCAGCUGAACCACGUCUUAGAAGAGAAAUAGGACACAUCCCCAGGUGUUGUCAGGCCGCAGUGUCACCUUGGCCAAAACGAGCAGAGAGUCUGCAUGUUACCUGUUUCCUGGUAUGCUUUUAAUUUGACUGCAAAAUUCUUUUCUCCUCUGUGAGGAGAUGUCUGCUUUAAGCUGUAAUAUUUUGCCAUGUUGCAAAAAGCCAUAUUGAAUUAAGUAUAAAGAGCUUUUUUCUGUUCUUACUUUGUGUUGUUCUAUGUUUGUUUGGUUUGUGUGUCAUCCAAGACAAAUCCUGUGACUGUGACAGCCUCUUCCUAUGCGGGUCAAUCAUUACUUGGUAAAGUAUCUGAUGUAUUUCAUUGUCAAUGAAGUCUACAUAGGAAUAUUUUCAUCUCAUGCAGGUACAACUCUGAAACUGCAGUAUUUGUUGAAGUUAGUCUGAACUUAGUUUUUAUGAAUUUAGCACAUUAGUUAGCAGACCUUAGUUUUUCAGGGUUUAGAGUAUUGUAAUAGAAUAAAUUGUUCCCUCCCUUUCCCAACUGGUGUUAUUCUCAUGUCUUAAGUCAGGCUAAUACAGAGUAAAAGAAGAUCUUUGUUUCAUAUUAAGGAAGGGACUCUUACCUUCUCUCCAUAUAUAUUUAGUCCAGUAGCUUUCAUUUGGGUGGCUGGCAAAAAGACAAAAUAAUGCUUGAUGACAUUUUCCUGGAAGCUGAGAAUUAUACCAGAGACAGUUAGUUUGGUUCUAGGGAGGACUUUCUGAAACCCUUGGACAGGUUCAGGUUUACUCUCACAAAGUGAUUUAAUGUGUCUACAUGCAUAAAAUUAGAUGUCCAGAUGCCUUGAAGAAAACUUAACUCCUUGAAAGAAGAAAUUCAUUCAGAGAGGAAAUUAUCCAGCAUACAACAACGAAAUUGGUCUUCUCCAAGUGAGGGAGUGCAGCACAUUGGCAGUUAUUCCCUGGACUAGAGGCCUGGCUUCCUAAGAAAGGUAACAGCUUUGCCAAAAAUGUUUUACUUUGCAGCAUCACCAAAGGGAAACAAAAUUAGGCACAAUUAAUUUCUCUUUCUGCAUUGGUGUGGAGUGGUUUAUGUCACGACUGGGUCUGUCUGUGUUUUCAUUUAGUGACAGGGUCUCUUUCAGAUGUUUCGAGUAGGGUAUAACCCUUGGCUUCUUGUUCUGAGAAAGCACAGCAAUCACUGGUUUGACUGCAGCAGAACAAACAUGGUUCUGAGCAGUGCUGCUCUUGAAAGGUAUUUAGUCAGAUGGCUCCCAGGUCCAGCAAAGCUAGUCACAGACAGAGGAAGCACACUUGUUUGGGCAUUACAAAGUACAUUUCUUCUGUACUGAUGGGUCUGCCAGGUAGUUUUUCUGAGGUAGAAGCCAAGAGUAAAGAUAACAGAUUACAUUUUUAUAUGUAGCAGCCACAGGCUGACCCAUAGACUUCACCCUUCGGAGUCUGUGAAGACUGCACUGCCUCUCUGCAGACAGAAGGAGGCCUGUGCCACAGGAGCUGCCAAAGACAUCCAUGUAGGGGACAAGGCAGGAGAAUCUUUGGUGAUGCUGAGCCUUCCAUCACAGGACUGGCAGAGCGGGGCAUUCAUACAUGGAGGUUACUGAGGUAGCCUGCUGAGCCUGGGCAGCCCAGGGCUGGGGGAAUGGAUGCAAAUAUGUGCAUCUGCCUCAGCUUACAUGGAACCAGCACAGUGAGCCAAGGAUUUCUGCUUUACUUUUGUGGGAGGAGUUGAUUAUUUCCUUUUUAAAGUGUCGAUUCCCUCAGGUCACAGCAAGGAGGAAGCUUUGGCUCUCCUCAGUUGAAAAGGAGAAAUCCUACUGGCUUUGACACUCCACAGUUUAUAUCAUUGGAGGGCUAGAACAUUCCAUCGUAUUCCUUCAGAAACAGCAUUAAUAAGGGUAGUGCCCACUCCCCAGGUAGUGCAGAGAAAUUAUAGCUGUGGAAUAAACCAAAAAAUUCUCCUCCCAUUUUAACCAAAAUAUAAUUACUUUUGUGUUAAUUAUCUUUACUGGAGCAUCUGCUGCUGCCUACAACAUGGUUGUGCAUGUGCUGCUAUAGGCCUUGUAUGGGUUAAAUAAAUACCUACAAGAGCCCAGACAAAAAUGACUCUUGCAGAAAUGUGUUUUGUAAGCCUCUUUUUACAUGUUUUUCUUCACCACAGUGUGCUUCCCCCAGCCCCAUCUAGUGAUCUUACCUUUGCUUAAGCUGAAGAGCAGCAGCAGUGAGCUCUUCUCUGUUUCAUCCACACAACUCCUGUACGCAUUGGGUCCUGUGUACAUAAACAGAAGCAUUAUGACUGUUUCCUUGUAAUACAGACAUUUAGUAGGGUUUAUUUUCUACGUUUGGGAGUUCUGAUGAUUUGAAAGAGCACAAACUUGAUGUGACUGGUGGUGGUAUUCAGGUUGUAUGUACAAACUGCACUAUACUGUACUUUUUGUAAACUAAUGUAAGUAGACGAGAAGAUUGUACAACGUGUAGAUCUGCCAACUGUAAGAAAACAAAAGCCUUUUCAUA